AUGGAGGCAUUUGGAGCAAGGCAACAACCACCAAGACCAGUAAGGAAAGCACCAGGACCUCAAUCAUUACCUGCUCAAAGAACACAUACUCCUCCGUUACAUCCUCAACAGCCACCCUCACAACAUCCCAGACCUAUACAACAAAGACAACAGUUCGCACAAGUAGGGUCGCCUCCAAUUCAACAAAAUCAAAAUUUUGGUGGAUCGCAUCAUUCUUUACCAUUAAAUCCUAGACAACAACAACAACUUCAACAGCAUCAUCAUGAACAAUCUAUAUCUCAGUCAAGACCUAGCUUAGCUGGGUUUCCACAUUCAAAUCAACCUUCAUAUGUUGAUGAACCACCCGCUAGGCAACAACAACCUCCACAACAACAACAAUAUUCAGGUUAUGCACCAAGUGCUUAUGAACAUUUACAACAACGUAAUAGUUCACAACCUCAAGUACCUUCUCCAAAACCUUUACCACAGCAAGUACCAGCUGUUGAUCCUGCUCAAAUAUUGGAGCGUCAAUUAAGAGACUUAUUUGAUAGGGUUGAUAAAUCAAGAGAUGGUAGAUUAAGAGAAGAUGAAUUAGCUACUGCGUUGAUUAAUAAUGAUGGUACACAAUUUAAUCCAAGUACUGUCAAAUUAAUGGUUAGACUAUUUGAUAAAGAUGGGUCAGGUACAAUUGAAUUCAAAGAAUUUUUCCAUUUAUGGAAUUAUAUAUUACAUUGGAGGAAAACAUUUCAAAGAUUUGAUAUUGAUGGCAAUCAAAGAAUUUCCUUUGGUGAAUAUCAAUCUGCAUUAGAAAGUUUUGGGUAUAGACUACCAACAGAUAUUGUACUCUUUAUAUUUCAAAGAUUUGGGGAAUUCAAUAAUUCUAAACCAAUGUCAUUAAAAUUUGAUAUGUUUGUUGAAAGUUUAGUUUGGUUAUUACGUUGUACAAAUGUUUUCAAGAAAUUUGAUACACAAGGUAAUGGAAUUGCCACUAUUUCCUUUCAAGAUUUCGUGCAUGAAAUUUUAUCAUUCAUUUGA